AUGUCAGAUCAAAUAUUGAAACCAACAAAAAUUGCCAGGGUUAUGGACAUUUUACUUAAAGUUGUAUCUGUUGAAAAGGUUGCACAUGUAUUGAGUCGCCUAACUGGAUCCAAGAAAUUCAAUUUUAGAGAACCAGAUAAAAAGGGAGUUACUGAUCUCGUGGAAUUUUACUACAGAUGGACUAUACAGUGGCAGUUUGAAAGACUUGUUACAUGGAAGAUCAAAAAGCUUGGAGUUUUAAUCAACUUUCAUCUUAUAAAAAGAGUAUCUGAUAUAAGUACUAAAAUCAUUGAUAAACUUCAAGUUUCCAGUUUUCCAAACUUAUUUACUUUUUUAAGAAGCUUUAAAAUUAGCAGAUAUGGAACUUCAAUAACCCCUGUUACAGGAUUUAAAUCAUGCUUUCCAAUUGAAAUAUGGUCCUUGAUAGUUGAUUUUGGAGCUGACCCUGGUAACCUCUUAAGAGUUAACAAAGAAUUAUUCGGAACAUUUGCUCCAAGACUAUACAGAUCUAUUCAUAUAGACAUUGUUCUAAGUUCAUUGGAUCCUUUGAAGCUGUACUAUGGUCAUUAUGUGAAGCAUGGUGGUACUUAUCCUUAUCAGACUUCUGAUUUUUACAAACUUUAUGAAAGGUAUCAGAACUCAGGAAGUUUUGACUAUGAAUUCUUGGAUACAGUUCAUAGAAAUUCCAAGAACAACACGACAAAAUCAUUCAUCAUAAACGAUAAAGGUGUCAAAGUCUAUAUUGAAACUAGAAUAAUAAAAAAAUUCUGCAAAGUUUUAUUAUUUUAUGAAAAUGUUCUUAUUAAUGAAUCAUCAAUUAUGAAGAAAUUCAUUAAAGAGCUCUCGGGCAAUAUUUUGGUGCUUAAUGGAAUGAAAUGUUUGCUUGAAUCUCUAGAAGUAAAUCAAACAAUUCAAAGUAUGUCACAAGAUAAAAAUUUGAAAGUGAUAAGGUGUAAAACUGAGCCUUUAGAUACAUUUGAGCACUGUUUAUGUUAUGAAACUUAUAUUGAAAGAGAUAAAAGCUUUAUCUGGGAAGAGUCUUGGUAUUUAGAAAAGUAUGAGCGUUGCGCGCAGCCAUUCGCUUCCUCACUUUUUCCAGAUAGUGUCUUUUUUAAGGAACUAUUGAUUUUAGGUGUCAUAUUUGAUCAAUUCAAAAGCUUUGAAAACAGAAGAAUGUUUUCUUUGAUUCAGGUUUCGAGAGAAUUACAAAUAUUGGACCCAUUCAAAUACUGGAAUUCAACUUUAGAUAGACCUAUUUACAAAAAGAAAGGUCCCGCUCGUCUAAAAGGGCCAGGGACAAUAAAAAUAGAAAACAGAACGUUCUUCACAAAAGCCACUACAAUUGGAUUUUUGUCAGGAUUAAUGAAAGCUUUUUCUUCUAAGAUUAAUGACUCUAAAAUUGAUAGUAACUCAAGCUUAUUCAUCACUGGUUUGGUACUCAAUCCUGACGUGAAUCAAGAUGCAAGAGAAGUUGGAGCAAAGGUUACUUUUGAUACGUAUUCUAUUAUCAUCAACAAGGCGAAAUGA